AGCGAGGACUGAGUGAGCGGCUCUCUCUCCCCUGACGCCGAGAGGCUGGGUAACAUGGAGUCCGGCAAGAUGGCGCCUCCCAAGAACGCUCCCAGAGAUGCGUUGGUGAUGGCACAGAUCCUGAAGGAUAUGGGAAUCACAGAAUAUGAACCAAGGGUUAUAAAUCAAAUGUUGGAAUUUGCUUUCCGGUAUGUGACUACAAUUCUGGACGAUGCAAAAAUUUAUUCAAGCCAUGCUAAGAAACCUAAUGUUGAUGCAGAUGAUGUCAGACUGGCAAUCCAGUGUCGUGCUGACCAGUCUUUUACCUCUCCUCCCCCUAGAGAUUUUUUACUGGAUAUUGCAAGGCAGAAAAAUCAAACGCCUUUGCCACUGAUUAAACCAUAUGCAGGACCUAGACUACCACCUGAUAGAUACUGCUUAACAGCUCCAAACUACAGGCUGAAGUCCUUAAUUAAAAGGGGACCUAAUCAGGGGCGACUAGUUCCCCGGUUAAGUGUUGGUGCUGUUAGUAGCAGACCUACCACUCCUACUAUAGCAGCCCCACAAACAGUGUCUGUCUCAAAUAAAGUUGCAACUCCAGUGUCAGUGACAAGCCAAAGAUUUACCGUUCAGAUUCCAUCUUCUCAGUCCACACCUGUCAAACCAGUUCCUUCAACCACUGCAGUUCAAAAUGUUCUGAUUAAUCCUUCAAUGAUUGGACCCAAAAAUAUUCUUAUUACCACCAACAUGGUUUCUACACAGAACACAGCCAAUGAAUCAAACCCACUGAAGAGAAAACAUGAAGAUGAUGAUGACAAUGACACUAUGUAAGACAUAUAGUCUAGGCUAAUCUAGAUGCAUUUAAAAAGUAUAGUUGAUUUUGAGUCAGUAUACCAGAAUAGAGCAUUCUAUAUCUUCUUGUCUUAGAAAACUUAAAUACAGCUUUAACAUUUUUCACAUUAGUUUAAACUGUUAGAUUUCUUUAAUGAGAAUAUAAGUGUUUUCUCAUUAGACUUGAAGUACAAAAGUACUUGUUUUUUUAAGAGUUUUAAUGUUGAGUCCUACCAUGGCAAUUGUUUUUGAAAGCAGUUUUCUGCCAUUUAUCACUGACAGCAGCACUUAAGUUUCAGUUUCCACAGCUGAGUCAGUGUUCUAAGUAACACUUAAAUAAGUACUUUCUUUUUGUAAGAUAAAAACGUCACUAACUCUUUUGACCAAAUCUCUCAAUUUAGGAAACAGCUUUGGAAAGGAUAGAUUUAGAGAGGUUCUAAAUCCAUUCUGAAUGUGUUUAAAUUCCUUGGUCUUCCCUGAUUUCCCAUUUUGACUCUUUUUCUACUUCCUACUUGUUUUCUGUACCAAUCACCCAUAGGCUUAAGUUUCACCCCAUUGCCCCUAAAUUUAAAAGGUUAUAACUGGAACUUUUAAAAUACCAUUCCUGAUAAUACAGCUCAGUCACAUUUUCAUAUUUUUAGAACUUGCUUUACAUGCCUGAUGUUCUGGUUCACUUGAACCUGAAGGUUUGUGUUUGCUCUUUGUUUUUCACUCCAUACCAGAGUAGUAAUUGGGUUUUACCCCUUGCCUUUCAUGCCUCUUGAACUUUACUAUGCUUUUGACAUAUAGUUUUGGGUCAGUUACACUGCCUUGUAUUCCAAGUUGAUAACUCUACCAUAUUUUAUAUUUUUUAGUUAAUAGAGAUGCCAUAGCUGAAAAUCUUCCUUGAUAAGUAAUUUACACUGGACCUAGCAAAAUCACUGAAGAAAAAAUGUUUUCUUCCCACCACAUGCAUAUAUGCUUUGGUCACUACUGCCUAAACCCUCCUAUUGUUGUAAUUCAGAUAAUUUUUCUAGCUUGUUACAGAGGAUAUCACACAUAAAGUGAGAUCAAACCUGAAAGCAGACUCUAAAGGUUCCCUUUCCUCUGUAAGGCCAACAAGGAAAAAAAAAGCAGUGUCGUAUGACUUGCAUUUAGGUGCACUCUUCAUAAGUAUCCCAGUAUUGUUGCUAAAUACCUUCCAAUAUUUCCACAUCUAACAGUCUUAUUGGUAAGAUUACAAAGCUUUUUACAAUAUGAACAGACUUGUUUUAUUUAGUUUAAGUAAAUUUGACAUGUCUGUCAUAGGAAUACUUAUGCAGAAUUUUCUGAAAUAAAUCAUCAUAAGUAAGAAUUUGUAACCAAGGAUCCUCAAACUUAGUCAUAAAUUUCAUUUUAGGAUGGUGCUUGACACAUCUGAGAAAUAGUCCAAUAACAGGGAAGAAGUGUCUCAUCACAGUUUGAGUGUUUAGGGAUGUGAGGAAAAAGUAAUAUAGAAACUUUUUAAAAAACUGAUUAACAUCAUAGGACAGAAAUGUUCAUUGUAUAGCAUAGAUAUUACUUGAAUGUUCUCAGGGAGGUAGCAUGUCAGAAGGCCUAGGUUCUAAUCCUAGCUUCAUUAUUUACCAACAGUGUGACCUUAUUUCACCUCUGAGCCUUGUUCUCCUUACUAGUAAUAAGAAAAUAAUACCUACCCUACCUCCCUCACAGGGAUGUUGUGAGGGUUUAUUGGUAUAUGUGAAAAGUCUUUCAAAAUUGUAAAAUGCCAUAUAACUAUAAGGAAUUAUUAAUGAAUUUGUUCCAAAGUUAUUAAUAAAAAGUUAUGCUUAUCAGUGAUCUUUCAUUUCUGAUUGAAGGGAUUCAAGGAAGGUGAAUAAAGUACAGGAAUUCUGAGGGC